AUGAGCUCUCAGAUGCGUUGGGUUGCUGGACUUCUGGCACUAGUGCUAGCCUGUUCGGCAUCGACAAUCCUGCUCCUACGGGCAGUGCUAAUGCUCGGUCCUCAACUGCUUCUGAACAAGGAUCGAUCCUCUCCUGAAAUCCCAACCCUCAACGAGCAAAGCUUCUUGGACUUUCCACUGAAGGGCGCAUUUCGUUACAACCACGAGUCGCUUGAGCAGGCCCUUGCUCUGACUUUCGGCGCUGACCGUGAAAUCUGUUCCCAGAUCAAUGCAAGUCGAAACCCCCUGACAUCUCACCAAAAUUAUCUAUCACUGACCAAGUCGAACCUUGUCGAUAGUGUCCAUCGCAAAUGCUUCUGCCACAAGUUGAGCUUCCUCUUGCAGGUUUACGGAGGUCAAGCUGUCGUGGAGGUGAUCGCCAACUCUACUCCCAUCCAAGAGAAGAGCAGCGCUUCAGCCCACAAUAUUGUUAAGCGUGCGGUCGGUGAUGAUCCGAAGGAGAAGGAUCCGUUUACGCUACUGCGUCAGCAAUACAAUGUCUCUGUGGCGGUGAGCAGCGAUUAUGCCGCUAUUUUCGCGAUUUUCGCCGGUGAGAAUCUCGGAUCUUCCUCGCUCUCUUCGUACCUUUACAUCGCUGUUGGUAUCUGGAAUAUGGACCCAGGCAGAGACUCGAUCAUCUAUAGGAUGACUACCACCAGAAUGAAGAAGGAU